CGGUUUGAGCUUGGGACAUCAAGAGAGAACACAGAGAUAAACAAGGGUGUCUCAGUCUCAAAUCCUUACAUAGAAAAGAAAAAAUGGGGAGAGCUCCUUGUUGUGAGAAGAUGGGGUUGAAGAAAGGUCCAUGGACUCCCGAAGAAGAUCAGAUUUUGGUCAAUUACAUCCACCUUUAUGGCCAUGGAAACUGGAGGGCACUUCCCAAACAAGCUGGCUUAUUGAGGUGUGGAAAGAGUUGCAGACUUCGAUGGACGAAUUAUCUGAGGCCGGAUAUCAAACGGGGAAACUUCACCAGUGAAGAAGAAGAAACUAUCAUCGAGUUACAUGAAAGGCUGGGCAAUAGAUGGUCAGCGAUAGCAGCGAAACUACCGGGGAGGACAGACAAUGAGAUAAAAAAUGUGUGGCACACCCACUUGAAGAAGAGGCUCAAGCACAACCACGCCACGCCACCCCCUAAAAGACACUCUCUUGAUGCGUCCCAAGUCGGAAAACAACAAAACCCCAUUAAUUCUGCAACCAAUUCGAGAUCGGAGAGCCUUGGGUAUGGACCAGUACUGUCCCCACAGCAGUCCUUUAGCGAUAUCUCCUCAGCCGCCACCACCACGACCACCACGACCACCGCCACCAUGUCCGACAUUACUACACCCUGCAUUAAGGUCGAUUCACCGGAGGAUUUCCCAGAAAUGGACGAGAAUUUCUGGUCGGAAGUACUGUCAUCCAACAAAUCCGGCGCGGCGGGUGAUUUGCCAGGGGCGGCCAGUGGUCCACAGCUUCAGUUUCCAUUCUCUCCGCGUGCUGUCAUUGGCAGUAGUCCAUAUGGCACGUAUGACAUGGACAUGGAAUUUUGGUACAAUAUUUUCACAAGGUCUGGGGAGUUGCAUGAAUUAUCAGAAAUAUGAGGGAAGGGGCUUGUAAUUUUCAAGUUGUCCGAUGUGGGAAAUGGGAAAAUGAAAUUCUUUGGGUGGCCUCUUUUGACUGUUGAAAGAUUGGACAACAAUUUUCUGUGGGACAGGAGCUGUCGUACCGGUUAGAAUUAUUCAUGUAUCGAACAGACUCAGCCAAAUGAUUGUCGGCAAGCAAUAAUUUUCUUCGAUAAAAUAAAGGGGGAAUGAAAAAUGUGUACAUUUUAAUGAUGUUGAUUGAGAAUGACUUGCAGGAUAUAGUGGUUUUUUGGCCCUUUGGAAAGUACUUGGAAAUGCAUCAGAGGCAAAGUGGUGUGUGCGUGUUGCACUUUCACUCUGCAAAUGAUUCUAAA